GCGGUGGGAGCGGGGAAGCGCGAGCCUGGUGGGGCGCGGGCCGGAGGCGGCGGCAGGAGCGGAGACCCAGUGCGGGGGAGCUACCACUGCCGGGCAGAGAGACAUACUCAGUGGUUGAGUUACUUAUCCAGUGACUGUGGAUGUAUUCCUUCCACAUCCUUAUCUGCUGUGAGGAUUGUCCACUUCUGCAUCUGUUGGCGGUAGAAAACAACUUCUCUUUGAAGGGAUCUUCCUGAUUCGGUUCACACAAAGGGCAUUGCAGGGUCUGCUGCAUCUACGUGCCACUCACUGAGGUGUUGCACUGCUCCUGCCUUCACGAUUACCAGGUGUGUGCUGGUAGUGCCAGGCAUCUGAAGUGGUUGACCAAGACCUAAGGGCUUGGAAGAGUGGUGUGUGAUGUCAAACAGUGGGCAGUCCUUGCAGUCUCCCCCGCCAGCCUGCAGUGUCAUGUGCCAGUAUGAAUAUUAAGAAAGAAAAGCAUACUUCAGAGCGCAGCAUCCUAGAAAGAAAAAAGGAGGAACUAAACGGAAAGAACAAAUGACUGCACUGCUUGCAAAACUUGGGGCUGUUCACUUUUUCUCCUGAGAAAUUUCAUCUUGGCCUUUGUGAGAGAGCUGAAAGAGCAGGCAGAGCAGCCACCGUGAUUAUCUUAGGGUCCUUUUUUUCUUUCUUAAUUUAAUUUUUCCCCCCUUGUGCCUGGAUUUUAAGACUGUCAGCUGCACUGAUCACAAGCGCUGGACAUCAAUAUGUGUCAUGUCAUUGUAACGUGUCGGUCGAUGCUAUGGACUCUCCUGAGUAUUGUGGUGGCUUUUGCAGAGCUCAUUGCUUUCAUGAGCGCAGACUGGCUGAUUGGCAAAGCAAAGCCUUCAAACUCCGAGGAUGUGGACAACAGAACAGGGGGAUCACAGGAGCCUUACCAUCCAACACUGGGCAUCUAUGGGCGCUGCACCAGAAUCUCCCACACGCAGCUUUCUAGACGAGACACGCUUUGUGGUCCUUAUGCCGAAAACUUCAAUGAGAUUGCCAGUGGGUUCUGGCAGGCAACCGCUAUUUUUCUAGCCGUGGGAAUCAUGAUUCUCUGUGCUGUGGCGUUUGUGUCUGUCUUUACUAUGUGUGUGCAGAGUAUUAUGAAGAAAAGCAUUUUUAAUGUCUGUGGGCUGCUACAAGGGAUUGCAGGCCUCUUCCUUAUCUUAGGCUUGAUACUUUACCCUGCAGGUUGGGGAUGCCAGAAGGCAAUAAGCUAUUGUGGACCUUAUGCUUCUGCUUACAAACUCGGAGACUGCUCCUUGGGCUGGGCUUUCUACACAGCUAUUGGUGGCACUAUUCUGACGUUCAUCUGUGCGGUCUUCUCGGCGCAAGCUGAAAUAGCCACAUCCAGUGACAAGGUGCAAGAAGAAAUAGAAGAAGGAAAAAACCUUAUCUGCCUCCUUUAACUCCAGUGGGGAAAAAUACCAGCACCUGGAUCUUGAUCUGCUUUCCAUUGACUGGACAAGCAGAUCUGCUUACUUGUUUCUACCAUGUGUGUGAUUGAGCCCCAUGCAUUCCAGACCCGAACUACUGAAAUGGUCUUUCUUCCUUGCUGGGCAAUGAGGAUCUGAGAAAGGAUCCCAAGAAAGCAGAAUGUAAAUAUUUGGGGAUUUUUUUUUAGUUUCACUCUAUGAUCAGGACACAGUGGAAUAUAUUAAUUUGGCUGGGGAGGUGAGGAAUUGUGUAUAUAGAGCAGGAAUGUUGUUUUAACUGACAAAUUCUGAUAGAUCGAAUUGCCUUACCCACCUUAGUAACUUUGAAGAAUUUGGGUUUAAAAUAAUAAAAGCUAGCACAUUUUUUUUUUCUUAUACAAAAGAGAGGCCUAUUUUAGUUAGGCUUUGCUUCCAAGGGCUCCCCUCACCUGUGAAUAUUUCACCACCACCUGGUUUGGUACCAUACUUUUCAUUGAGGUGCUUUUUGAUACUGAACCUAAAGUGCAGUGCCUUCUCAGAUAGUAAGUGUACGUUGGAGAGAGCAAAGUUGACAUGACACAGUUUACACCAAUCUUUAAGCAUUUAAAAAGUUGAGUUCCUGCCAGGUUUUUUUAUCUUGAAACUAUAGUGCAAGGUGUGUGCCACUUGUUAAUUAGCAGGUAAAUGAUUUUGUUUCCAUUGACUAGGCAGAGAAGCUGUUGUUAUGCUGGCUUUCACCUGAUUUUGAUAAAAUUGUUUGAAAUAACCAUUGUUAGAAAUAUUUCUACAGCCUCUCCUGAAAAUCCCAAGCAGAUGACAACUCCCCACAGCACAGCCAGGCAUUACCUUGUGAAUGCCAACAGCCUGGUCUGGGCUGUAACCUCUCCUGCAAAUGCAGAUCGCAUGUUGAACUUCAACAGUAUUAUUCUUUUUUUUUGCCAGUGAAACCUCAUUCCUAGUCUACAGAUCACUCUGUCUCAUGACCCAGAGCCACAUGAGUCCUUAAGAAAAUUUAAAUUUUUCAGGAAGUCUUGCCAAAUUUUACAUGACUAGGAAGAUCUUUGCCUUUUUUUUUUUUUAACUGCAUGUAUUAUGGACCCUUUUCCAACUAAAGUCAGCAGAAAUAAAACAGACCUUGCCACAAAUGACAUUCUUUUCUCAAAGGCAGUUGGUUGUAUUCCUUGUGCUGUUGCAUCACUUACUAGAACUACUUCUGAAAACAAACCUGAAAGUAUUUUAAAAAACAAAGGAAUGAUGAUGCAACUGAGCCACAGGAGCAUUGGGGAGAAUUCAUCUGAGAAGUAGUUCUAAUGAAAUACUAAGUGAAUUUUAGACUCCUCUUCUAUUUUGUGGU